GUUACAACCCCUCUUUCCUUUCAUGGCAACCCCAGAAAAUGCUCUUACCAUCUGAUGUACUCGUAUAAAUUCACACCUUUAUUCAGAGCUUUCAAUUCAAUACAUCUCUCUCCUCAACCCCACUUUAAUUCAAGGCUUGUUAUCAAAUCUUCUCAAUAAUCUCAUAGUUUAGCAAAUAUUUUCAUUUCAACAAUGGAGCAAGUGACAGAAAACUCUAUUCAAUCUGAAAAUGUGGGAUUAGAGAACAAAGCACCGCCCCAGAAUCAGCAAAUUGAUCAGAAUUCUCAAGAUUCCGGCAACGAUUUGAAAAAGACAUGUACCCCAGAUAGGCUUAAAGUCCCCAAGGCAUUCAAGUACCCUGAAAGGUACAGAAGUCCAACCGAUUCUAUGGUGUCACCUGUUACGAAGGGUCUUCUUGCAAGAAACAGGAAAGGUGGUGCAUCACUCUUGCCGCCUAGUAUAAAUCAAACCAAGAUUCAUGAGUUGCGUGUUCAAGAUGUUCGUCUAUCUCAAAAUUGAAGAGCUAAUGAUGGUGGAUGAAAGCUAAAAUCAGAUAGAUUCUUGAACCUAGUGAAUUUGUCUGAAAUUGUAUACCUGUCAAUAUAAAUUACGAGGAACAAAUAGAAUGGGAGGGAUUUAUCUUCUGAACCUGUUCCUAUUUAUCUUUGUCAAGUUUUUGUAAUGUAAUGCCAAUUUCGUUCUAUAAUAAAAUUAUUUGCUUAGUAAUUAA